AACGCGUGUGGCCGCAUGUUCUUCCCUCGCGGCUCCUCAGGCGGAUGGUUCCCGGACUGUCGAGUUGAGAAGCUCCUUUCAAGCUGCUGCUGCUGCUGCCGCCGCCGCCGCCGCCGCCGCCGACCUUCUGCUGACAAGUUCUCGGUGAACAUUGAAGAUGGUGACCGAUAAACCAGAAGCAGAAGUGGCCAGUGACCCUGAUACAUCUCUUCAUGCUGACCACCAGAGUUCUAAAUCUGAUGUUGAAGACAGGAGGGAAAGCAGUUGCAGUCAGUCAGAUUCUGACACCGUGGAGGAUCCGGAAGGUCAUGUUGGUGAGAAGAAAGAUGGUGCUGCUCACAAGUCACCAUUGUGCUCUGAAGAAACCGACCCCGCAAAACCUUUCGUCUGCUCUCAGUGCGGUCGAGGUUUUCGCCAGAAAGGCAACCUAAAGAGCCACAUGACAACACAUGGUGGGGAAAAGAAAUUUAAGUGCACCUACUGUAGUAAAUGUUUUAGCCUUGCACGUUACCUGGACAUCCACUUAAGAACUCACACUGGAGCAAAACCUUUCAUCUGUUCUGUGUGUGGUAACUGCUAUAGAUAUAGAGAACACCUAAAGAAUCACAUGCAGAGUCACACUGGAGCAAACUCCUUCUCUUGCUCUCAGUGUGCAAAAUGUUUUCUGACUCGAGAUCUUCUCCGUAGACACAUGAGAAUCCACACCGGUGAAAAACCUUACGGUUGCUCUGAGUGUGGGAAAUGUUUUGCACAGAAAGGGAACCUAGUGGAACAUAUGAAAACUCACUCGGAAGAAAGGCCUUUCAAAUGCUCUCAAUGUAGCAAGUCUUUCAAACGGAAAGACAAACUGAAACAACACAUGAGAAUUCACACCGGUGAAAAACUGUAUAGCUGCCCUGAGUGUAGCCAGUGUUUUGCACGAAGUGAAAUCCUGAAAGAACACUUGAAAAUCCACACUGGGGAAAAACCAUUCAUCUGCUCACAUUGUGGCGAUUGCUUUAGGCAUAGAGAGUACUUGAAGAUACAUUUGAGAAUACAUUCUGGAGAACGACCUUUCAGCUGCUCUGUGUGCAAAAAAAGUUUUGUAGGGAAAGGGCAUCUAACAGUACAUAUGAGAAUUCACACCGGAGAAAAGCCUUUCAUGUGCUCUCAGUGUGGCAAAAGCUUCACACAGAGGAGCAACCUUAAGAUGCACAUGAAAGUUCACACGGGGGAAAGGCCUUUCCAGUGCUCCAAGUGUGACAAGUGUUUUGCGCUCAAAGAGACCCUAAAGGGCCACAUGAGAAUUCAUGCUGAGGAGAAUCCUUACAGCUGCUCUGAUUGUGGGAAAACUUUUGCUGCAAAUUCCUCUCUGAGAGAACACAGCAAAAUUCACACGGGACAAAAACCUUAUAUCUGUUCUCAGUGCGGUGAUUGCUUUGCGCACAGAGGCACACUGGUGAAACACAUGAGAGUCCAUACGGGUGAAAAACCGUACAGCUGCACCCACUGUGGUAAAUGUUUUACGCAGCAAGGGAACCUGAAAACACACAUGAAAAUUCACGCUCAGGAGAAAGAUGUAUCAUAAACUGAUGACAUUGGAACGGUUCAGCCUUCAGAAGAUUAAUGAAAGCGUGUGGAAAAUUUCACGCACCAGGAGAAAAUCCUGCGUUUGCAAUGAGUGUGUAAAAACAGUCCACUUCUAUAGGAUUCCUUCAUGACCCACGAGUGCCAGUGGAGUGAAACCUUGCUUCUUUUGAAUGUAUCGUGGCAUCAAAAUAUAUGAGGAAACAUGCUCAGGAAUCUUAAUUUUAAAUGUGAUGAAUGUGAUGAAACGAUUUUUAAAUUCCUGUGGACCAACGUGUGUCCAGAGUAACUUUGUCUUUGUAUCAUUCUCUGAUUUUAUGCUGUUUUUAUUGGCUCAUUUAUUGUAACUUUAGGAUGAGCUCGAUUAUUAUCGAGUUGCCAUGCGUUUUCACUUUUAGUGUUCUCCUGAUGGUUUUUACUGUUUUUAAUUUUUUUCUGAUUAAACAUUGUUACCUCCU